CUCUCCACACCUCGGCAUCCGCGCAUCCGCCAGCGCACAGCUCCAAGCACCAUGCCCGCACCGCACAUGAUGGGCAUCUACCCGUCCGAGUCGAUCCAGGAGGUCGCCCAGUCGCUCCCCCUCGACCCUCUCGGACCCGGCGCGGCCGACCUGCUCGCCGGAGACGUAGAGUACCGCCUGCACUUUCUGCUGCAGGAGGCCAAGAAGUUUAUGGUGCACGGCAAGCGCACCACCCUGACGCCCGAGGACGUCGAGUAUGCGAUGGAGGCGCUGAAUGUCGAGCCCGUCCUCGUUCCCCCACGGCCCCUGCCCCAGGCGCCGUUCCACGCCGUGCCCGUGUCUGCCGGCCAGAACCCCCAGCAGCAGCUGUACCACGAGGUUGACGACGAGAUCGACUUUGCGACGUACCUCCGCGAGCCGCUCCCCGCCGCGCUGGGCAACAGCGCCGGCGUCAAGUGGAAGGCACACUGGCUCGCCGUCGAGGGCGUGCAGCCUGCGAUUGGGGAGAACCCUCCGCCAAGCUCGCGCGCAGGGCCGUCCCGCACCCCAGUGCCGACGACAGGCUCGGCCGCGCUGCGCCAGAACGCGAAGACGCACCUCACCACCGAGCUCCAGCUCUACUUCACUCGCCUGACGGCAGCGCUCGUCCCGCCCGUGUCGGCCCUCCCCCACCUUCCUGGCAACCCGCCGCCCGGUGCCGAGUCGCACUCGUUCCCCGACGCGGAGCGGCACCGCAUCGCCGCCCUGGCAAGCGUGCGCUCCGACGCCGCGGUCGCCGGCGUGCUGGCGUACCUCGUCCGCUGGGUCGCCGAGAGCAUCAACAAGACGCUCAUGGGCGCGACGGGCACGAUCGGGUGCCUCAUCGACGUCGUCGAGGCCAUCCUCGACAACGAGGUGGUCUUUGUCGAGCCAUAUCUUCACCAGUUCCUCGGCCCGCUGCUCUCUAUCCUCCUGACGGUCCCCCUUGGCCCGCACCCACCAAGCUCAAACCAGAUGCCGACGCCGUCCGAGCUGCGCUCGCGUGCAGCCAGUGUCCUUACCAAGCUCGUCACGCUGUAUGGCAAGAGCUACCCAGGGCUGAUUCCUCGCCUCCUGUCUGCGUUCACUCGCGCACUGCAGUCCUCGCCAUUCCCGUCGCCCCUUGGUGCCGACUUCCCCCCCGCAGGACGCUACGAGGGCGCCGUGCUGGGCAUUGGCGCGCUCGGUGCCAACACGGUUCGUCAGGCGCUGUGGGGCGAGAAGGGCGAGAAGCUCGACGUGAUCAACAACCUUGUUGGCGUGCUGUACCCCGGCGACAACCGCAAGGGCAAGACGGGGCUCAUGAAGGCGACGUUUGGCGCGCUGUCUCUGCUGGUCAACCCCAAGCCGGCCGACUCUGUGCCGGUGGCACCGUCGCCCGACGACCUCGCAGAGUACUUUGGCGCGAACAUUGCCAAGGCGCUGGAGAAGCGUCCGUGGAUGGCGAGCGAGCUGGUGCGGCUGCAUAAUGAGGCCGUGGAGGCGGAUGGGGACGAGUCAAUGGACGAGGAUUAG